AUGCAGACUGCAAUCGAAAGCUAUUUAAGCCAGGCAUCCAAGGAUGAGUCAAAGGGACCCAAGAAGGCGCGCCAAGAGCGCAACCGCCGAAAACGAGAAGCUCCAGACGAGCCUGCGCCCUCCUCUUCCGAGGAGCACGCCCAGGUCGACACGGUUCCUGCAGGGGUACCUGAUGCGGCAACGGAAUUGGACGUGCCCUCUGGUAUGAGUGCCGAGACCCCGCCCUUGCGAAACGCGGCGAGAGCGGACGAGUCGAGCGAGCCCUCUGGCGACGUCCUGUGGCUCCAGCUCCGGAUUGACCGCAUCAAGAAAGAGAGCGAGAAAACUGCUCUUUUGGUUUUCGAAAAUGACGAGUUUGAUCUGGCUGGCGAUACUGGCACCAUUGGUUGCGUGCAAUGGAGCCACAACGCGGAUUCGGGGGCGGUUCGUCUCUGCCUGGACUUGAAGGGAGUCGUCUACGAGACACGUACGUUCUCGCUCUGUGGCUCGGCGCUUGCAGUUGACCCAACAAGCCAGCGUGUCGAGGCUGUGCUUCACGAUAUUACGUACUCCAUUCCAACGAAUGUGGCUGAUGAGCGAGCUCAACUUAUCCGUGGUAAGAUCGAACCGUAUACCGGUGCGGGUAGUAUCGCCGCGGAUAAUGCCGAUACCACAUGGACGGUAACCGCCGCCCCUGAUGACUCGAGUACCGCUUCGAACGCAGGCACGUCGGGUCACCGGAAAGAGCCACCAGCGGACUCUGAAACAGGUGAGAGCGCUGUUUCGAGUGGUGGUCACGCAGCGAGUCAUUAG